GUUGCAUUUUCUGGGCGAUUUUUUCAGUGCUUCGAUCGUCAUCCAAUGCAAUUCGUAUGGUCGUAUUACAACACAGAGAGUGUUUUGCUCCCAACUCUCUCUCUCUCUCUCUAACUUUCACCCUAAGUUUUCCUCUUGCGAAAACGAUAGCUUUCAAAGCUUUUGUUUUUCUAUUGGCUCUGAGGAGAAGCUGAUUGGGUAUUACUAUUCCUUGAACUUCUGAGGGAUUCCAUCAUUGCUCUUGGAAGCAUCUUGAGCAUUCUAAUUCCACAUAUGCAUUUUUAAGGAGAUGGCUUCCAGUGAGUAUGAUUCAGAUAUUGUUCAGUGGGGUCUUCGUCUUCUUGAUGGGGAUCCAGUUUAUAAUUCUUCAUACUACUACGGCAGUGACAUGAUACAACAAGAUGCUAAUGAUAUCUACCAUUAUGAGCAUAUCAGGAGUCAUUAUGAUACAGAAUCAAACAAUGUAGAAAAUGAUGAAAUCAUUGCACAUACUCUUCAAGAGGAAUAUUCGCGACUAUCUGUAACAGAAGCCUAUGAAUACUCGCAUGCAGGUGAAGCACAGCCACAAGCUUCGUUUCAUGCAGAUGUGUGGCAUGGUCAAUCUACAAGAGAUUUUUGUUCAGACCAUGAUUACAGCCAGGAAGAAGCUGCUAUUGUGGUGCCUUCUAGCUUAUGUUCUAGCCCGGAUGAUCAAUUGGAGCUAACUGAUGAAUGUUCUCUUCAUGGGGAAGUAGGCUGGGGCUGGAAUCCUGUUCCCCACAUUCCUAGAAUCAAUGGAGAAAUUCCUUCAAUUGAUGAAGCGACUUCAGACCAUCAAAGGCUAGUUGACAGGCUUCAAUUAUAUGGCUUUGUUGAACAUAAGGUAGCAGGAGAUGGCAACUGCCAGUUCCAUGCUUUAUCAGACCAAUUGUAUCAAUCACCUGACAACCACGAGUAUGUGAGAAAGCAAGUCGUAAAUCAGCUUAAGUCUCAUCCAGAGAUUUACGAGGGAUAUGUUCCUAUGGCAUAUGAUGAUUAUUUGGAGAAGAUGUCCAAGGAUGGUGAGUGGGGUGACCAUGUCUCAUUACAGGCAGCUGCUGAUUCGUACGGAGUGAAAAUUUUUGUCCUGACUUCUUUUAAGGAUAACUGUUGCAUAGAGAUUCUUCCUAAUAUUCAAUCUUCAAAACAAGUUAUUUAUUUGAGUUUCUGGGCAGAGGUGCAUUACAACUCAAUUUAUCCUCAAGGAGGCACAACCUCAUAUGAGAACAGAAAAAAGAAAAAAUGGCGGAUAUUUGGGAAUAAACAUUAGGAAUGUUUGGAUGGCCUUUAUGGCAUUCAACACAUGUCUCCCUCAUAUUGUUGAUGCUGCUGCUGUUUAAAUCCUGUAGUCCUUGGUUCAGGACCUCACAUACUCUUAUUUUUGCUCUUCUAAUGUCCAUCCAGGCUGGAUUAUCUCAUCGUAAGAGCAAUUUCAUGCAAGGUGUUGUAUAAGCGCGUGUAUUUGAGCGAAUAUGACAAGUUUGCAGCCGGUGGGUUCCAAGUUCCAACUGAAUUGGAAAAAGUUCUGGCCAGUAUCUGCGUCGAUAUGACAAAAUAUGCAGCCGGUGAGUUUUUCAACUAAAAUGGACAGCUCCGCCAUUGUUUAGGUCAUUUCUUUGUGGGUACUCAAUUUACGUGCUUCUUUGCCAUUGGCGAAAUAUAAGAUUGAAUGCAGAGUUUGCUUCUGGUACAGAUUAGUAGUUAGAAACACGCUUAGAAGAUAUAUCGACUCUUUGCUUCUUGUUCUUUGGCAGACGGCGACACUUAAUCAUGGGUAUCAUUGUUUUUUUGUCAUAGUCAAGUAUUUAUACAUUUCCGUGAGUAAUGAUGCAGUAGUAUUUGCAACAUCAGAAGAUUAUGAACUUUUGUUUUUCUGCUUUU